AUGCUUGUGAGGCAGUGUGUCAGAUGGAACAAAGAAGUAACUUCCUGUUUCUCCCCCUCUGUCCGUAGUGUUAUUAACAUCAUCAUCAUCCUGGCUGGAGCAAUUGCACUCAUCAUUGGCUUUGGCAUUUCAGGCAAACACUUCAUCACCGUCAGGACGUUCACCUCGGCUGGAAACAUCGGAGAGGAUGGGAUUCUGAGCUGCACUUUUGAACCUGACAUCAAGCUCAACGGCAUCGUCAUCCAGUGGCUGAAAGAAGGGACCCUGGGUUUGGUCCACGAGUUCAAAGAAGGCAAAGACGAUUUCUCGCAGCAGCACGAGAUGUUCAGAGGCCGGACCGCGGUGUUUGCUGAUCAGGUGGUGGUUGGCAACGCUUCCCUGAGGCUGAAAAAUGUCCAACUCAUAGACGCUGGCACCUACACAUGCUACAUCCGUACCUCCAAAGGAAAAGGGAACGCCAACCUGGAGUAUAAGACUGGAGCCUUCAGUGUGCCAGAGAUAAACGUGGACUAUAAUGCCAGCUCAGAGAGUUUGCGCUGUGAGGCUCCUCGGUGGUUCCCCCAGCCCACAGUGGCCUGGGCCUCUCAAGUUGACCAAGGAGCCAACUUCUCAGAAGUCUCCAACACCAGCUUCGAGUUGAACUCUGAGAAUGUGACCAUGAAGGUUGUAUCUGUGCUCUACAAUGUCACAAUCAACAACACAUACUCCUGCAUGAUAGAGAACAACAUUGCCAAAGCCACAGGAGCCAUCAAAGUGACAGAUUCGGAGGUCAAAAGGCGGAGUCAGCUACAGCUACUGAACUCGGGGCCUUCCCCGCGUGUUUCUUCUGUCCUUCUGGUUGUCUGGGCACUGCUGUCUCUCUCCACUGCCAGAUGCUAA